CGUGCUAGCUGUUACCAACAUCCCCUUUGCCCACUAAGGAGUGCUUUUCGCAGCUUAGGUCACCUGCAAUGGCUGAUCGGCAUGCAGCGUCGGGCCUGUAUCUCUUCACCCUGCUUUGCGCUGCACAGACGAUAGCAACCACCAUUUCAACGGAGAGCACAAGACAGGAUGCGUUUAUAAACUAUAGAGAAGUCUCCAGGAAGAACGAGGACUGGGAUCCUGAUGUCAUCGCUGCUGUUGCGCUGGUAUCCUCGUACGGCCAGAUUCGGCUGCGGCUACGCCGUGACUGGGCCCCCGAGGCAUGCGACCAGGUGGCUCGAGUGGCGGCAGCAGCGUCGCUGCGAGCUUGCAAUGGCUGUACCUUUUACCGCCAUGAGCCAGCACCCCCGAAUUGGGGCGUCAACGGUUUCUACGGUCCGCCGUACGGCCUGCUCCAGGGCGGUAUGCCUAACUUAGCAAGCGCUGUUAAGUUUGAGAAUACGGCCCGACGCGCUGUCAGACGCGGCUCGGCUGCCUUCAUAGCUGGUUCCACCGACUUCUUCAUCGGCACGGUGGACCACAGCGAGUGGGGCGGCGCAUUCACCGUGUUUGCGCAGGCGGAGGUCGAGGACCUCGUUUCGGUGGUUCCGCUCGUCCCCAUGGAGCCCUACCGCAACAGCACCGAUCAGUACAACUUCACAACCAGGUGGCUGCUGGAUCGGAAGCCGUACAGCCUACGACCGCUGAGGCUGGAGGAUCUGAUGACGAGCUCAGCCACUGCGGCGGCCGGGCGUAGUACCGAUGAUACUGCCGGGUUGUUGGCCACAACCGCGGAUGAAGAAGCGUCGCUGUGAGGUGCCGUCGUGAGGGAGCGGCGUGUGGCGUGGGAGCGACCCGUGGGUCAGCGGGGCCCGUCGGGAAGGACGCAAUGAAAGCAUUAAUUGGAGGCGGACAAGGGCGUGUAGCGAGCACGGUAGCACCGACGCCGAUGCUUAAUUGUAUUGGGCUAUGAGCGGAGCAACCAGUACAGGCGUCUUACAACCGUGGUAUUGUUUCGAGGCCUUGCCAUCGUGCUGCAUGCCUCAUCCACAGCCCCAACCCCAGCCCCAGCUCCUCCCCCCCACCUUGUCCCACUCCU